UCACACCGCCUGGCCUUCUCCAUGGGGGCUGACCUCUUCUCAGUGGCGGGCGGCCUGCUGCUGCCCGGCCUGGCUGUGCUCAUGCAGGACUGGCACCUUCUGCAGGGGCUGAGCGCCCUGGUGACUGGGCUCUUGCUGCUCUUCUGGGGGUUCCCAGCCCUGUUCCCUGAGUCUCCCUGCUGGCUGCUGGCCACAGGGCAGGUGGCCCAAGCCAGGAAGAUCCUGUGGCACUUUGCAGAGGCCAGUGGUGUAGACCCCGAGGACAGCUCAGAGGAGGAGAACUCCUUGGCUUCAGAGCUCGCCAUGUUGCCUGCAGGGAGUCCCCAGCCCCAGUUCCACUCCCUCCUGGGGCUCCUGCACACCCGUGUCGCUUGGAGAAAUGGGCUUGUCCUCAGCUUCAGCUCGCUGAUUGGUGGGGGCAUCAGGGCCAGCUUCCUGCGCAGCCUGACCCCUCAGGAGCUGACCUUCUACCUGCCCGACUUUCUGGAGGCAGUGGUCACGGUGUUCCUGCUCCUGACGGUGGAUCGCUGUGGACGCCGCCCCAUCCUGCUGCUGGGCACCAUGGUCACAGGCCUGGCAUCCCUGGGGCUCCUCGCUGGGGCCCAGUACCUGCCAGGCUGGACCACGCAGUCCCUCUCUGUCCUGGGGCUCCUAGCUUCCCAGGCCGUGUCUUCGCUCAGCAGCCUCUUUGCAGCUGAGGUCUUUCCCACAGUGACCAGAGGAGCCGGGCUGGGCCUUGUGCUGGGGGCCGGCUUCCUGGGCCAGGCAGCCGGCCCCCUGGACGCCAUGCACGGCCGGCGGGGCUUCUUCCUGCAGCAUGUGAUCUUCACCUCCCUCGCCAUCCUGGCCCUGCUCUGUGUCCUGCUGCUGCCUGAGACCCGGGGCCGGGGGCUGCCACCGUCCCUACAGGACGCUGACUGCCUGCGCCGUUCCCCACUCCUGCGUGGCUGCCCCCACCAGGACCAUCUGCCCCUGCUGCAACCUGCCCAGCCCUGGUGGGCUGGCCAUGGCCCCGAGCAGCCCUAGUCCUGCCUGGUAGCCCUGAGAGCCAGGACGGGGAUAUCCCAGUCAAGGGC